AUGUCUCAACUGUUGAUUGUAGCAGCCGUCCCCCUCCUGGUACUGGUCGGAAUCAUAAGCGCAGACGUCAUGGGCUUCGCAUUCUGGAAGAGCAACCAAUUCCCCGUUGAGGGCAAGACGGUCCUCCUCACGGGCUCGUCGCAAGGAAUGGGCCGUGAAGUCGCGCGUCUCCUAUCUGCUCGUGGUGCCAAUCUCAUCCUCGUCGCACGCACAGCAAAGAACCUCGAAGGCGCCGUCGCGCAUGCCAAAGCUCACGCGAAGAAUCCCUCAACGCAACGCUUCACCUACAUCUCCGCCAACGUGACUUCCGAGUCUGAAAACGCGCGCAUACUCAAGGAAGCGACGGCCUGGAACAAUGGCCGCAUGCCAGAGAUUGUGUGGUGUGUUGCUGGUUCUUCGACGCCGGGUCUAUUCAUCGAGACGAGCACCGACACGCUGCGCAGGCAAAUGGAGCUGAACUACUUUGCGACUGCGUACAUGGCACAGAAGGUGCUGCAAGCUUGGUUUUAUCCAGAGGUUCCGUAUAGUGCACAGGACAGGGGCACUACAUCAGAGGCACCCCGCAAAUUCAUCAUGACGUCUUCCUCGAUCGCCUUCAUAAACAUAGCAGGCUACUCGCCCUAUUCCCCCGCCAAAGCCGCCCUCCGCUCCCUCGCUGACGGUCUCCGCUCCGAAGUCCAACUCUACAACGCUGCGCGCCGCUCCAAGACUAGCACCACAGGUGUUGCACCUGCGCCCUUUGACGUCGGCAUUCAUAUCGUCUUCCCGGGCACCAUAUUGUCUCCUGGCUUUCAAACGGAGAACAAGACCAAGCAUCCCGUUAGCCUCGAGCUUGAGUCGGCGGAUCCUAAGCAGACGGAGCUUGAGGCUGCGACGACCGCGGUACAAGGAUUGGAGAGUGGAAACUUCCAGACACCGACAAACUGGCUGGUACAUCUGAUGCGCUGGGCUACCUUGUCUGGUAGUCAGAAGAACAACAUCGUCAUUGACACGAUUGGCGCCUGGAUUGCGACAAUAGUGUGGCUGUUCAUAGUGCCGGAUCUGAAUGCAAAGGUCUGGGCGUGGGGAAAGAAGAACGGCAUGCCUGCGUUUAGACCAAAUGCCCAAUAAGAAGCCCGGGGCUACUCUACCUGUGGUAUGAGUGUCUGAACAAAAGUAAACCAUCAUAUGAUGCCUAGACAUCCAAGUAAAUAGAAGUAUCUUUGUCAUAUCAAA